CUUGCCGGCUGCGCGCGCGGGCAUCUGGACGGAACUGGUAAGGCUGUUCCUCCGCGCCUGCAGUAGCCGACCCGAGUUUAGGAGACCUUAAUUUACCCUGUCCCGACAAACCUGUUGGAAAAUUGUCUGGAUUUGAUAGGAAAAAAGGCCCUCUAGAGAAGCGACCGUGGAGACCGACUUAAGUUCAGAGAUUCCGCUUCCAGCACUUCACAGUGAAAGAGGCGGUGGACGGGGGAGCAGAAUCUGAGUGUGCCAGGGCCUCUACUGCAAACAAACUCCAGAGGCAUGUGCCACUUUGUGCAUCCUGCUUUAUGUAUGCAAAGAAGCCUUUCCAUCCAGAUGUCCUCAGAGAUACUAUGGAUCAGUCCGGAGUUCUCCUCUGGGUAAAAGCAGAACCUUUUAUUGUGGGUGCCUUGCAAGCCCCACCUCCAUCCAAAUUCAGUCUCCACUAUCUCAGGAAGAUAUCCACCUAUGUACGAACCCGGGCUACAGAGGGAGCUUACCCACGCCUGUACUGGUCCACAUGGAGGCACAUUGCAUGUGGGAAGCUGCAGUUGGCUAAGGAUCUAGCAUGGCUUUACUUUGAAAUAUUUGAUAAUCUUUCGGUGAGGACCCCUGAAGCACGUCUGGAAUGGUCUGAGAUUUUGUCCAGCUGCACAUCUGACGACGAAGUUGAAAAGCAAAGAAAUAAGCUUUCAGUAGACACCCUACAGUUUCUGCUCUUCUUAUAUAUACAACAGUUAAACAAGGUCUCCUUGAGGACAUCUUUGAUUGGAGAAGAGUGGCCUAGUCCCAGAAACAGAUCUCAGUCUCCUGACCUGACUGAAAGAUCCAGUUGUCACAAUAAGAACUGGAAUGAUUACAGUCACCAGGCUUUUGUCUAUGAUCAUCUAUCAGAUCUUCUUGAGCUGCUUUUAAGUCCAGAAGAACUCACUGCAUUGUUUCACUCAAGCCGAAGCAGUCUGAUCUCUCAAGAAGCUGUUGUGGCACUCAGCUUUCUUAUCGAAGGCACAGUGAGUAGAGCCAGGAAAGUCUACCCACUUCACGAGCUUGCACUGUGGCAACCCCUGCAUACAGAAAGCGGCUUCUCCAAGAUCUCCAAGUCCUUCUCUUUCUACAAACUGGAAGCCUGGUUGAGAGCCUGUUUGACUGCGAAUCCAUUUGGUCCAUCUGCUUGCCUCAAGUCCGGAAAGAAAUUGGCUUGGGCUCACCAAGUUGAAGGUGCAACCAAAAGAGCUAAGAUUGCUUGUAACACUCAUGUGGCCCCCAGGCUGCACCGCAUGGUGGUGAUGAGCCAGGUGUACAAGCAGACAUUGGCCAAGAGCUCAGAUACUCUGGUGGGGGCCCAUGUCAGGAUUCACCGUUGCAACGAAUCUUUUAUCUAUCUACUCUCCCCCUUACGAUCUGUGACAAUUGAAAAGUGCAGGAAUAGCACCUUUAUCUUGGGUCCCGUAGAAACUGCUCUUCACCUCCGUGACUGUGACAGUGUAAAAGUCAUCGCUGUUUGCCAUCGCCUAUCCAUGUCUUCUACAACAGGCUGCAUUUUCCACAUUUUGACACCUUCACGCCCACUUAUUCUUUCUGGGAAUCAGAGAGUAACUUUGGCCCCUUUUCAUACCCAUUACCCAAUGCUGGAGGACCAUAUGGCCAGGACCGGCCUUGCUACAGUGCCUAACUAUUGGGAUAACCCAGUGGUUGUGUGCAGAGAAAACAGCGACACAGUCUUCCGGCUCUUACCACCUUGUGAAUUCUACGUAUUUAUUACUCCCUUUGAAAUGGAAGGGGACACAGCAGAGAUACCUGGGGGUCUUCCACCUGCUUAUCAGAAAGCACUAGCCCAACGAGAACAGAAGAUACAGAUCUGGCAGAAAACUGUGAAAGACGCUCAUUUGACAAAGGAACAAAGGAAGCAGUUUCAGGUACUUGUGGAGACCAAGUUUUAUGAAUGGUUGAUUAAUACAGGACAUCGUCAACAGCUGGACAGCCUUGUACCCCCUGCAGCAGGCUCCGAACAAGCAGCAGGAUAGGACUGCGUCAUGUCACUGGUAGACAUUGUAAUGCAGACCACUUGAAGGGAGUUCUUUGGGGGGAAAUCUUCCAAGUGCAUAAUAUUACGUUCUACCACUCCCACCAGUAUACAAACACUUAUUUUACCAGUUUAUUAUGAGAAAACUAAAUUACUUAAAUGGAACCAAUAGAAAUUUGGGCAACUAGAAUCACCAAGUUUUAUCUCUUGCUAUUUGCAUGACACAAGUUGUACUGCCCAAUAUUACUAUUUUCCCUAUUAAUAGCUAUAACUUUUAAUCCUCCUUUCUGACAUAUCUUUUUCCUUUCCCCCCCUCAAGCCAAUUAAUAAACUAGAUGAUCUUUGUUAAUCACACUUGAGAGUUUUUAAUAAAUUAUCAGAAUUAAUCUAAAUGGACAUUUUGUUACUGAAUACUAGAAGAAAGUUGUGGAUUAAAUAAAUAGAUGAGAACAUGGAUACAAAUAAAUCUACUGGGAGUUAUUUAAUCCAAA